UUCUUUUUCGAAUUUUAGGUUUCUUUGCUUUGGUUUGAAAUGAAGGGAUAAAUCUCAAUAUUACAGAAUUUCGUUUUGAUAUCUUGUUCCUGAUUUUCUUUUGUUUCAUGGAAUUCCCGUUCUUUCUUUAACCAAAAAUAGAGUCAGAGUCUGUUUGUUUGUGUGUCAGAAAAAGUGGCUGAUUGCAUGCAACUCAAUUUGGGUUUUCAUAUUUCUGUCACGGGGAGAGAGAAUUGAAUGACGACGACCUGAAUUUUGUUCAAAUUACACACUGACACACACACUCUCUGCUAGUUGAGGUUGAAAAUGGACUUGAAGAAGUAUUUGAAAUUCUUUGGGGUGCGUGUAGUCUCAAAGAGCUUCUUCUUGAUUGCAAUGGUUUUGGUCAUCCGUACCCUUUUACUCCCCGAAUCAUGGGGAUUUGGUGGGGAAUCUCCCCCCCGAGUGAGGUACCUAGAGGUUCCCCAGAUUGUAUGGGGAUUAAACAACCAAAAGAUUGCUUUUGCAAGAGCCUGCCUAACCGCAAGACUUCUCAACAGAACCCUUCUCAUGCCUAGCUUAAGUGCAACUUUGUUUUACAAAGAAAUCCAUCAGUUACACCCCAUUUCUUUCGAUAAGGUCUUCCAGUUUGACAAAUUCAAUUCGCUUUGUAAAGGCUUUGUCCAGUUGGGUCGAUUUUCAGAUCUUCAGAACCGUAGCGACACCCUUGUGGUUCAAAAGGGCAGUGGUAGAAAAUGGACCGUCGAGCGAGAUCUUGAUCAACUCAAGGAAUUGAACACUAAUGAGGUUGAGACGAUUCAAGUGGUUGGAAAGAACCCUUUUCUGUGGCAUGAUCAUUUUCCAGUCAAGGAUUAUGCCAAGGUGUUUGAGUGCUUGGUUUUAGUAGACGAAAUCUCAAAAGAGGCUGAUAAAGUUGUCGCUAAGAUUAAAGAGUUGGGAAGUGAAUCAAAGAUGAUGAAUGGAUAUGUAGCAGUCCAUAUGAGGAUCGAAAAAGAUUGGAUGAUACACUGCAAGAAGCGAGAACAGAGAUCGAAUAUGUCAGAGAUAUGUAGUAGUAAAUAUGAGAUCAUGAGUAGAGUAGCCAACAUCCCGGGCCUGAAAUUGCCAACCGUUGUUUACCUUGCUGUAGCUGAUGCACUUGUUGAGGAUGGCUCGAUUCUGAAUGGUUGGAGGGAGGGGUUGGUGGCAGUUGAAAAGAAGAAACUGGGUGUGCUCGAGAUUUACAAGAAGCAUCCAUAUCUGAUUCAGGCUGCAAUUGAUUAUGAAGUUUGCUCAAGGGCGGAUGUGUUUGUGGGGAACAGUUAUUCGACAUUUUCUAGCCUGUUGGUGCUUGAAAGGAGUGCCAAGAUGGCGAGAAUGGGCGUUGUGACAGCGUGUGGGAUCGGGAUGGAUGUAAGAUGGCCAUCUUAUGCUUAUAAUCUUAAGGCCAUGGGAGAGUCAGGUCCUCGCCCAUGGAUGACAACUUUAACUGAUUCAACUUUACAAGCAAUAAGUUACGGAUCUAACAACAUUUCAUGUUGAGGAAAUUGAAUACAACAUAUAACUUUAAAUUAUACAUCAUCCUUUCUUUUUGCUUGUAUAUGAUAUCUUGUAAACAAGUUUGGUUUUGCGGUAGAUAUUGAAUUAGAUAAAUUCCUAU